GUUUCCAGGGAAACUAAAAUUCAGAAGCUUUCAGUACUCUCAGCCACAGUGAAAUCCAAGGACCAUCAUCCACUGAGAUUCUUCUGGAAAACAAACCAUCUACAGCCUGCCUCUCAACAUUACCAGCACCUAAAAGAGGAGCUUGGAGUGUGAAUAUAUGCUUUGGCUGUGAAAUGUUUAAAAAUAUGGAUAAAGCAUUUGAUCUGUCAUGCAGUUGAGCAAAACCAUCAGUGGCGUGAGACCGUGAAGCUCAGACGUUCUACUUCCCCUUUCCCAGAUCAACACAAAUCCAUCUCUGAACCCAUGGAGGGUCCUGUUCUGACAGAAAGUGAAGUUUGGAAAGUUGGCUCAGGGACCACCGCAAGUAUAAACACCAAUGACUAUUCGCCCCUUAUGAACGACAACGUAACUGAUGAAAACCCAGGGACCACAGUCCAUAAGGACAUCUGUGGCAGCAUCCAGGAGCAACCUGACCAAGAGAUUUCAUCAGAUCAAAACAAGUCAGUGAUUCCACAUGAGCAGCGAUUAGAAGAGGAAUUAUCUUCCACUCAAACAGCAGUCAAAAGCGAUGAACCACCUGUGGCAGCAUGCCAACCAGAGAGGAGUGUUAACCAAGCAGAAGAACCGGCAGAUAAGAUGUGCUUGGCACCUGGCCAACAAAGCCUGGACCAGGAGAUUACCAUACUGGUGACCAACCAUGAUUGUACUUUAGAGGACGAGGAGAAUGAGGAUGAGUUUGGGGAGCAGAAGACUUCCAGCUGCCCUGCUGAACCAGAGAUGGUCUCUUCGGUUAAAGGUGAAGGAGUGACUGAGGAAGAGAGUCUCGAUGGUUCCAUUGUUGUGGCGAACAUGAUUGAAGUCAGUCAAGUCCAGAAGACCAGUGUCAUAAGCCAUGUAUCACCUGAGCAGAAUACCACCAAUGAAGGACCAAUAUUGCCUGGAGAUCCAGGGGAUAGUAGCAAUGAGACAAACUCUGGAAGUAAAUGUUCAAGCACCCCACAGAAAACAAAUGCAAGUAGCACAGGCACGGAAGUGAACAUUUGCAGUCUGAAAGACCACCCCACAAAGCCUGAAGAUGUGGAAGUAAAACUGAAGAAAACCGAAUCAACUAAGUCCAAGGAUCCUGGACGACCUUUGCAAGAGACACUAACCUUGACUCAGUCGCAUGGACGCACACAGACCGUGCAAACCCAGGUUAGCCUGGAGGUGAUGUACCAGUCGGUGGCCACCAGCCCCAUGACUCCUCAAGAGGGCUCCGCAGCAUUCCUUUUUCCAAGCCCCUUUGGAAAACUCGCCAACAAGUGUAGUACAGAUGUGGCACUAACCAAAGAUGCCGAGAUGCAGGUGGGCUCUCAGGUGGAAUUCCGUUCGGUUGCCACUGCUCCUAUGACUCCGAUCAUUCUGAACGCACCUGAGGUUUUUCCCAAACCGGAACCACGGAUCAGGGUGACAACAGACGAAGUGCCAGAACCUGUGCAGGAGGUGAGCUGGGAUGAAAAGGGAAUGACUUGGGAGGUGUAUGGUGCAGUGGUGGAGGUGGCAGUGCUGGGCUCGGCUAUCCAGAAGCACCUGGAGAAACAGGUAAAUAAGCAGAAUAAACAACCUUUGGCCUUGCCCUGUCCUACAGAUGCUCUGCCAGCAAACCCAACCGAAACGUCGAUGUCGAUGCCUUCCAGUCCUCCCCCCACAUCAGACCUUGGUGAAAACAGCCUGGCCAAAGAACAAAAUGAGGAAAAGAUGGUGCAGAGUGGCAGGCGUCGGCAGAAUAAUUUUCGCCAGUGGUUCAGGAACAUCUGGCGGCCAAAAUGUUGUACAAGACCACGUCAAGAUGAGGAAAACUAAGGAAGGCAUGGUGGUCCAAACCAUCUUAAUAGACAGUCUUUCCAAAUUUUGUGCACUUUGGAUGUGCACAGGAUUGGGUUUUGUUCAAUGAUACUCCCCUUUAAGACAUUUAAAAUGACUUGUAUUGACACUGUGUCACUAGAUGCCCCUGUAUGGAUAAUGAUCACUUUAGGUUUGGUUUGAUACACUGCACACAAAUACAGUUGUCUUGAUUUCUCCUCGCUCUUGAUUUUAAAAUGUCUCCUAUGUGUUUUUGCUUGCUUGUGUCGAGACCAUGCUACCUUGAUGUUGUUGUGGUCAGUGAGAAUCACUUUUAAAGUGCUCUUUUAUAAUAUUUUACACUAAUAAUUUUACCCUUAAUAUUUCUAUAUUUCAAAUAUGUAUAUACAAAUUCAUCUUGUAUAUUUAAGGAACGGUAGAAAACAUUUAUAGAGUGACAGUACCAAGUAUUUUGUAUUGGGCAAAAAUGACCUUAGAAAUUCUUGGUGUUUCGGGUAACAAGUAAUAGAUGAUGUCUCAGAUUUUAUCAACAUUGAAGUGUUUGGUGUUCUUUGAGUUUCAGAUUCUUCAUUUUCUAUUUGGUUUUGUAUAACCUCAUAAAUAUUCAAUGGAUUUGUCUUGUAUUUUCAGUCCAGCUCAGUACACAUAUAACAAGCGUACCUUCAAGCCUUACAUUGCCUGUGAUGUUUUGUGACUGUUGUGAGAACUGUAAAGUGAAUAGUUUUGAAAUUAAAUCGUCUACAAGGGAAAAGCAAA